CUUUUGGCCCGUAAGCAUAAUGUAGAAAACUAUAACCCCUAUUCAACUAUUCAACUAGGAUUUUCAAGAUGACGAACGAGACUUUACCGGAAAGCCUUCGAUUUCUCACUGAUGCUGCCCACCUUCUUGUGAAGACAGCGCCUGAAGCCUCAGCGUACCUUAUGGCGCAAAGAAACUCUCUGUUAUUCCACAAUGACUUGGAGCAGUCGGAUUUACAGAGACAACACGCGUGCGGUGCUUGUGGACAUAUCAUGAUCCCAGGCCAAGGGAGUGAACUGAAGAUUGAGAGUAACAUGGGUCUCAAAAGAAGAAAAGCGAAAAAGAAGAAUAGCACUUCCAAGGGUGUAACUGAAAAAAGCAUGUCGACCGUUCAACAUCGAAAGAGGUUUACUUGCGGAAUGUGUAGUAGAUACACCGAUUUCAUACUUCCUCUCGCACCGCCUACAUCUAGGCGUCGUCCACUAAAGUCGACGAAGUCCCUGAGUUUAGACGUCUCUCAUCGGAAUGCGCGAAAUGCGCCUACACCUCCCGAACCAGUGAAAACCUCUGCAAACGCUAGUAGCAAGAAGAGGGCGAAGAGCAGAAAGCAAGGACUCCAGGCUUUACUUCAGCAAGCCCAAUCUUCUGCAUCGAAAUCUCAGAGCGGCCUCGGCUUGAGUUUGAGUGACUUCAUGUCGAAAUAAUUCUACGGAUGGAAUUCCAUUGGGUACAAGUUACCGCCUGUUAAUGGGGUUAGGUACCUAGGUACAAUACAUCACUAUGUACCUAGGUACUAUGUACCUUAGGUGCCCACCUAACAUUGCUUACGAGAGGUAUCAGGGGAGGGAUAGUUCUCGACCUUUCUAACAGGGGCUAGCAAUCACUAGCUCUCGGGCGAUUGUGGUGCUGUAUGCCACU